AUGAGGAGUAUUGAAAAACAAUAAUAAAAGAUUUUUCCCUUGGAUUACAAUUUUGGAAAAAGUGAGGUUGAAAUGCAAGAAGAUCAUAGCGUUCUAUCACAGGCGAAAGAGAAGAUUAUUCAAGCAAGAGAAUUUAUUGAGAGUCUUGAUGAAGAACUUCAAUAGGGGCAAUAACAAAAUAAUAAUGAUUAAACUAUUGAUUAAGUUUCUUAGGUCUAAGAUGUUUAGACAGAUAAGGUAGAAGAAGUGAAAGAGACUGUUAAGAAUGAGCAAGUUAAGAGGAGGGUAAGGAUGAUGAGGAUCCUUUUGGGUGGAGAUAAGGUGAAAUACCUCAACUUUUAGCGCAUAAGAAAGAAAAGCACAUAAGAAUACUCAUGCAUUUAUUCAAAUAAUGAAUAGAAGCAAAUUAACAAAAUUAGAAAAUCAGUAAACUUAUUUCUACGGCUACUGAAAUGUAGGAGGAUCAAAAUGAUGAUGGUUAAAAAAGAAGUUGGAGAAAAAUUGAAUUGUGUGAGGAAAUUAUAGAUGAAAAAAGUUAUGAAUGAUUAUGUAAAUUAUGUUAUGAUAUGCAUUAGGAUUAUUAAAAUGAAAUCUAUGAAUUAUUUAAGUAAAGGCAACGAUAGAUUUAAGAAGUUGCAACUAGUUGUAGUUAAAGAGUUAUUAGCUAUUAGGAUGUAAGUUUAAUUGAAGAGAAGAAAUUUUAAGAGAAAAAAAAAAUAUAACAUCAAAUUAAAUCUAAGAAAAGAAAUCCAGUUACAUUUGAAUAAUAACUUAUAAUUUAGAAUAAUUUACAAAACUAAUUAUAAAAAUAUGUUUAAUAACUGUAGUUUUUUGCAAAUCGUAAUUGAUGAUGAAGAAAAUUAACAGCAUCGAUUGGAAUACUAAAAAUAAAUAUUACAGAGGUAAGAAUGUUGGGAUUCUUGA